AUGCCUCGACGCAAGACUGGCGCAGGCCACCAGCGGAUGGACGAGUGGGAGCUGCACAGAAGGGAACUAUAUCGUCUAUUCAUUGCAGAAAAGAGAUCAGUCAAAGAUCUUUCGAAAUACAUGAAGGAACAGCAUGGUUUCGAUAAAACGCCAAGGGACUACGAGUACCGGUUCUCGAAGUGGAGGUUCCGAAGAAAUCUGGGUGCCUUAGAGGCGAAGUCCAUCCAAGGCCAAUGGUUGAGGAGAGAACAAGCUGGCAAACGAAGUGAGGUGGUCGUAUCGGGAAUCAGAUGGCCUAUAUCGAUGAUUCGUGGAAGGCUGAGUCGGCACAAAGUCUUGGAGUCCCCUGACGAGCAGUAUGAGUUUCCCCCGCUUUCGGACUUCGUCGCUCGUGUUCAGACUCCAUCUCCUCUGAUGUCCAACCUUCCAGAAUGGCCCAAAGAAUUGCCGUGGCUUCAAUUCGACCAACGAUUCCGUCAAGCUCUGGCGCCCUUUACAACCGAAACAGUGUCCAGGCUUAAACCGCAAGGAGCGCUCUUCAUUGCACUGAUGCGCCGUUUUACUGGGCAAAUCACUACGUCGGAGACUGUAGGAGCUGGAAGUCUCCACCCUCCACGAAAAAUACGGGCUUCACUAGAAUUGAUCGCGCCCCAGGUGCACAAGGGCGACCAUGAGACCACCGCAGAGAUUCUCCAUACUGGCUCACCAGGAUCACUGAUCGUGGAAUUGAUUCGGUUGAUCAUUUAUCUCUCAUCAAACAACAUGAUAGAUCAAUUUAGGACAAUCACAGGUUGCGAAAUCAACUUUAAGAAUGAACUAGAUUUCCUCCGACACUUCGGCAUCCUGACCAACGCAAAAAUCAAUGAGCUGGCCCGCUCUGCCUAUCCUACCAGUCAAGCGUUCCUGGAGCAACUCCUACACUGUUCUCUUCUUGACGAAAAGAGCUGUGACGUAUUGGCAUGGCUGGUGCCCAACCAUUUCAACGUCAAUCACCUUGUACCGAUACCCUGGCUAGCAAAAGCCAAAUUCGAACUUCGGAAACCAGGAUGCUCUCAUAUAGCCAACGGAACUUUGCUACAGGCUUCCUCGUUUGCAGGAAAUAUUCACGCAGUUCGUCUACUUUUAGACCUCCAGGCAAACCCAAACGACCCAAGAUGCUCAGAAUGCCCUUCACCUUUAGAGUGUGCGGCACUGUCGACCGAUCAUACCCGUGCAAUGGAAAUGACGGAGCUAAUUUUGUCAAACUGGAAAACGUCGACCCCGCCUAGCUGGCGCGACAAAGCUCUUGAAAUGGCUAUCUGGCCAGCUAUAGCAAACGCCAAUACCAGACUAAUCGCGAGGUUACUUUCAGAGCUCGAGCCACUCGGGAAUGCGGUGAUCUGUCACGAACAUUUCACUCAUGCCGUGAGACAUGGAAGUUGCGACACUGUUCGUUACCUUGUCAACUACCACUCUUGUGGUAGUGAUGACCCCAUCGAAUUCCCCAAAGGCAUCUUGUUCUCGGCGAUUUCCACUGAGUUGCGUCACCAUUCAAAUUCGGCGGUAUUAGACAAGCUUCACUACUUACUGGACCUUAAUGCUGAUCCAGCCGUGCUGGGCUGCAGUGAUUUGUGCGACCAUCAUUUUAUCCUGGAGCACGCAAUGGAAUUGGACUUUGGCGAGAACAACACGCUUCAGGAGGAGUAUGUCCUAAACGUGGUGACGCUUUUUCGGGAACAUGGAUGCCCCCCGGAAAGGGUAAAAUCCUCAUCAGAAUGGGGCUACAUGCCGUCAGCCCUUCAAAGAGCUAUCAGUCGUGGAUUCUCUCGAAUCACCAAUUACAUGCUCGACUGGGGCGCCGACAUCGAUUAUUGCAACAACGCUUUCGACUGGGCAACGGACCCGCGGGAGAAUUGUGGAGUCUAUGUCACUCCAAUCAAGGGCCAAUCACCCUUGCUCACAGCAUUGGAAUACGGGAAAACAGACGUCGCAAAGGUGCUAUUGAGACGAAAGCCCAAGUUGAAACUUCGCGGUGCAGAGCACAAACUCGCUGCAAAAAUCGAUGACACGGAGUUGGUAGACAUGGUUCUCCAGGCGGGUGCUGAGCAAGUCGACAACUCUAUGUGGAGAGAGGUGCUUGAGGAAGCCAUGAUGAGGGGAAGUCUACGAACGAUCAAAUGGCUACUUUUGAUACGUGGCGACGCAACUAUCGACAGUAUACUCAUGUUUGAGGUGGCAUUGGUAACCGGGGAUUACGACACGGCCUACCAAACCAUAGCAGUGUGCAACUACAGCUCUCGGUCACUCUAUCGAGCCGUCCGACAAUCUUGCCUAUCCGAAGACUUUCUUGGAAUCGUAAAGCGGCUCCUUGAGACUAGACGACCAGCACCAAACGACGACUUUGAAGUGCUUGCAGUUGCCUAUGCCGCCGAACAGCACAACACGUACCUCAUGGGUGUCCUGGUGGAAACCCUAGGACAAGGGCCAUGGACUACCAGUCACCGGAGGGACGAACAUAUUCCAUAUGUGGAGUUUGGCCCGGUUUACAGGGGAACGCACAUUUUUAAUCUUGUUAAACGUACAUCUGUCAAGCUACUGUUGGACUUCCACAUUAGCGCCAUGGGGAUGAAGCUUUGCUCUGGACCCAAUUGGAGUCCAGAGCUGUUGAGGCAGUUGAUUACAGCUGGGGCUGACCCGAAACAAGAAAUGGCAUCUUUCAAUUUCGUCGACCAGGGCGAAUUGGCUCAGGUGAAGGUUUUGUAUGAAGCUGGAGCGCUCGUGGAUACGAUGCAAGUGUACGGAGAAAGCAGCAGAACCGCUAUUCAAUUAGCUGUUGAGGGUGGAAUGCCUGAUAUGGUCGAAAUGCUUCUGCAGUACAAUGCCGAUAUAAAUUGUCCCGCUGGCUUUAACAAGGGAGCCACUUGCCUCCAGCUCGCUGCUGGUAACGGUCACAUUGGUAUAGCUUGGUUACUGCUUCGCAAAGGCGCAAAGGUGAAUGCAAAACGGUCGCUUCUCUGUGGGAGAACAGCCAUCGAAAUGGCUGCGGAAAGUGGAAGGCUGGACAUGCUAAAGCUAUUACUACUUCAAGGAGAAGAUCUUUUCCGGACACCCUCUGAGAGAUACCAGUUCAUUCGGGCGGCCAAAUUGGCGGAGAAUGAAGGUUAUGGGCCAAUAAUGACCAUGUUGAGGCAACACAUUAGCUGGGACAGCGAUGACCAACAGUUGUUCGACGAGAUACAUGACUCUCGGUUCAUGCUCAGUCCUCUCGAUGGAAUGACACAAAGGCCGCUCGACUGCGAAACAAGCGAUCCUGAUUUCUUGGGCAACAUACAGGAAGUUGCGGACGAAGCCGGGCUUGAAAAUAUCUACGACAUCAUGGAAGGAAUAGACGAGUGGAUGGACGAGGUUUUCGGAGAAGAAUCGAAUGACUCGGCCACGACAAGUGUUUACUACAGCUCUGAGGGGGACGACCAAAUGUUGUCUGAAGCUUGCUUGGACUCAUCCCAACACCAGGAAGCAACAGACAAGAAGACGGAGCUAUAUGACGAACUAAGAAUUGAAGCCAAUUCUCAAUCACACGCAGAUCAGCUUUCGGAAUUCAUGGCGGCGUACCGUGACAUUCGCGAUACUUCGGUAGAUCCUGCGAAUCUGACACAUCUGCAGAGCGAUGUGGCUCAUGAGCAGCCACGCAGGCAACGGUACCUGUCGAGAAUCAAUCCAGAAAGAUGGGAGGAAGGGACCCAGGCCCACAUUCCCGAGGAUAUGCGUCACCAGAAUGUGGUUCCCGCAUGGCUUGAUAUGCAAGAAAACGAUACUGACGAUAUGAUGCAAGACCUCGGGAGUGAUCUAGCCAUGCAAAACACCACGUGGGAGCUCCUGGCAGAUCAACCUGUGGCACAGAAUGUCGGUAGGGAAUUCGAUGUGGUGGUAGGAGACGUAAUGGACGAGACACUGCCCAUAAAUGACAUGUCGUUUAAUUUUCUGGAUGCCAACCCUUUGGAGGCCAUCGACGAAGCGAACUCGUCACAGGAAUUCGACUGGGGGUUCCUGUGGCGUGAAGAACGACCCGUUUCUAUAUCCUUCGAGAUCUCUGUCGAAAGCCCUCGCGGUCAGGGUCUUAUCAACAACGACGUCCAACAAGCCACUACUCUCACCAGCAAGCAAAUUUCGGCUGCUUCAUCGAACGGAGUGGCUUUCCUGACUCCUCCUGCAAGUCCAAAGACCCAAACGUCAGAGCCACACACGCCAACGCCCCCGGAGCCGAGCCUUCGCAAGAAGCAGACACUACCGACACCAGACAUCAGUCCCUCGAGUGAAGUACGGCGUGGGCGGGCUGUUCAACCCAAGUCGCUUGGACAAGAUCUGAACAGAGAUCCAUCUCAAGAAGCCAAGAACCCUUCUUCAGACAAUCCCGGCAACCUGGCACGGUCAAGAACUCCUUCUGCGGCGCCUCGUGCCCAAGCGCGAUCCGUCCGUCCAAGGCCGCCCAACCGUCACGUACGGAGUACUUUAGAGCUCAUCGAGCAGGUUUGUGACACAAAGUACAAGCGCCGGAACGGAGAGUUCUAUUCGGAGAGGAAACUCCUACCCAAUGAGUACAGGCAGCUUCUGACUUGGAUAAAUGAGUUUGAAGAUGACGACGAGUUGAAGAAAUAUUUUUAUGAUAAAUUGAGGGUUACGAAGUCCGUCAGGGGCACGGGUAGUGCGGCAAUCGAAUUCGGUUCCCGCAAGGGCACAUACAGCCCGGACCAAUCUUAUACAUUCGAAGACGCAGACUUUCCCAGCCUGGUCCUGGAGAUAGCCUGGUCUCAGACGGAUGACGACCUCAGACGAAAGGCGAGAAAUUAUAUCACAUGGUCCAAAGGCGCUGUCAGAACAGUUAUAGCUGUGUCGCUGAAUGACAUCUAUUCACGCAUCGACAACUUGAGUAAGACGAGGAAAGUUCGUGAAGAAGAUUUUAAUCGUGGCGCGGCCAAGUUUUUUAUAUACAGGAGCGACUUGUCAACGGCCAGGCCGGGUGAGGUGCUGGCGGGUGAUGACCAGAUGGUUCGAGAUGUAACCGGAAAUUUGGUUUCUGGUACUGAGCUGCGCCUCUCACUUGAGGACUUAAUCCCUGCUGAUGAGGCCAGAGAGACCGACGGGCUUGAGAACCCCGAACUUAUCGUCACUGCGGAGCAACUUCUUGACGACACAAAGUAUGCGUUGAGACGGCAAUGGCGGUCAAUGAACAAGCGAAAGGUGACGAGGACAAGUCCUAGCCCGGUGGCUGAGGCUCGGCGUCAUUUUCCACGAAUGUCGCGGGAACUCAAAAGUCUGGGGUCUGCAAUCAUUCCAUCCAGGUUGCGUUCUGGACGCCAAUAA